AUGGUCCUUCUUGCAGGUGUUGCAGCUCUACUCUUUGCUGCGCCGUCUAUUGCGACGGGAGCAGCCAAGAGCCUUUCAGGCGGAGAGAAAACUGCCUGCUCGAAGUUGAAGUCUGAAUACCCCGACGGUACCUUCCUGCCUGGAACCUCGGGAUACGCAUAUGAGACACAAGAGCCUUACUGGUCAGCCACCGUGUACAGCAGCCCUGCAUGCGUCUUCGUCCCCCAAAAUGCGCAGCAGGUUGCGUAUGCGGUCACUACAAUGACUUUGACACGGUCGAAGUUUGCCAUGCGAGGUGGUGGACACAUGCCGAUACCAGGUUACAACGGAAUCGAUAACUCGGGUGUGCUAAUGUCUUCAUCCAAUCUGACGACCUUAUCACUUUCAUCGGACAAGUCUAUGGUUUCCGUCGGCCCCGGCAAUCGAUGGAGGGAUGUAUAUGCCUAUCUCAAACCAUCUGGACUCGCAGCUGUCGGCGGUCGUGUGGGCCACGUGGGUGUUCCCGGUCUAUUGCUUGGUGGCGGUAUCUCUUUUUACUCUUCUGAAUACGGCUUUGCUUCCGAUAAUGUCAUGAAGUACCAGUGUGUGCUAUCUAGCGGUCAGAUCGUUGAAGCAACAGCGACGAACAAGUACUCUGACCUCUUCUGGGCAUUGAGGGGCGGCGGAAACUCUUUCUGCAUCGUCACAAGAUUCGAUCUGCGCCCAGUGGAGGGCAGCGACGUUCAUGUCGGUAUUGGCCAAUUUGACCAGACUCAAUCAUCCGGCUACCUGGACGGUGUCUACAACUUCGGCAAAUACGGAGGCUCUGACCCGAAAGCUGCCAUCAUUCCGACCAUUCUUACCUUCCCCGCGGCGAACAUGACUGUCUAUGCGGCUGCGAAGUUUUACCACUCCGUCACAAACAACCCUGAAGUAUUCGAAAACUUCACCGCGCCAAAGCUCACCCCAGUCGCCGAUUCAUACGCACUGCAACCUUUGUCAGACUACAUUGCAGCUACAGACGCGCUCCAACCACUAGGAUUGCGCCAGGAAUUCCGCACCCUUUCGUCCGUCGUUGAUCGCAAGGCUGUGCAGCUCAUUCACGAUGCCUUCAUCUCCGGUGUCAAUGCCAAACUGCCCAACGUUGCCAAUCUUCAAGCUUCAAUCACCUUCCAGCCCGUCACCAAGGCGUUCCUUUCACACAGCGCCAAGACUGGAGGCAAUCCCCAAGGUGUCGAUGUCUCCAAGGCGCCGUUCUUCUGGAUGGUCGAGAACUUUACCUGGUCUUCUGCGAGCGAUGACGCCAAGGUGCGCGCUGCUGCGGACGAGAUUACGGCAAGCAUCAACAGCAUACUCCGUGCCAAAUCAUACAGCGCUCAGUACCUUUACAUGAACGAUGCAGGCAAGGGUCAGCCAAUCUUCCAGAGCUACCCCGCUGCCAACUUGAGGAGGUUAAAGACUAUUCGCACUAAAUAUGAUCCUCUCCGGGUCUACACCAACUUGAUGCCUGGUGGUUGGAAAGUUGCUGAUGCUUGA